AUGGACUGGGCUCCAUGGAAAUUUAAUAAAAUUAUAUUCGGAAUUGAUAUUGAAGAAAAAAUUAUAAAUAUUUAUGAAAAAGAUGAGCCAAGAAGAAUCAAAUUAUCACCUUCAUUAAGAUGUGGAAUUAUUGAUUUGAACAAUGAAUACAUUUUAGAAGAAUUUGGAGGACAGGUAAAAAUCUAUUUUGAAGAUGAAGUAAAAUCCCAAAAACCAUUAAAACUUGUGUCACCAAAAGCCAUUGAAGUUUUAAAAAGACUAAAUGUAACAACUUUAUCAGAAUUUGAAGAAGCUCACUCAACUAUUAAUAUUAAUUAUAAAAGCAGUUGUGAAUUGCAAGAAGGAUGGUAUAAUAAUAACAUUAUUGCACCAUUUUUUGAUGACUGUAUUUCAUCAUUAAAAGAUUAUGUUUUAAGACG